AUGUCGAGCUGCUCCGACGAUUUGCUAGAUUCUCUUUUUCAUUAUGAGCCGAGCCGCGUAGAUGCCGAGGCGAGAGGUACAGCAGAAUCCUCCAAGGCAACCGUCUCACCGAGCCCUUCCAAUCGUUUACCUGGGAGUGACGAGGCGUCGAAUCAUACGAAUCCGCCAGACAUCGGCUCUCCAGAUAACGAGCCGUCGGUUUCGACAAGCCGUCCCCAGGAUCCCGCUCCUAACGAAGAUAUUAAUCGUGCCGCGGUCAAACCCGAGGAGGAGGCUUUUCCCUUUGAUUUACUCGAGGCGAAGCGUGAGUUCGAACGUCUCAUGGCAUCUCGAGGCGCUUCUUCAUCUAGGCGAGGGCUUUCCUCCCUUGACUCACUCGAGGCGUUGAGGCAUCACUUCGGGAUAUCCGAGGCGGUGGAAUUUAUUGUUCCAGAGAAGAACGACCGAGUCGACAAGCCUCCCGAGAAUCACUUCACUCUAUACGAGGCGUUCUCCGAGCUUUGCUUUCUCUGGUUUCCAAUCCCCGGAGUUAUCCUCGAGUACCUCUGGAAACAUGGGAUCUCAAUCGGGCAGAUCAUGCCGAGGGGUUUGCGGCACAUGAUCGGCAUUUUGGUUCGGAGCUUCGAAUGCGGGGUCGAUAUUAAACUGAAUCACUUGCUGAACUUGCUGGAAAUCAGGAAAGCCCCGAAGGGAAAUAGAUUCUACAUUUCCAACAAGUCCAACCGCCGGAUUAUAGGCGGCUUUCCAAGCAAGGACCAGUUCUGGACCGAGCGCUUUUUCUAUGUCUUAGUGAACGAGGCAGUUGGCGAGAUUACGUUCACAGAACCAAGACCGCUUGGGGACCACUUGUUCGGAGCUUUCUCCCCCCGAUUCCCGACGACCUCUUUGUUGUUCGAGACUCUCUUUCGGCUCGGAAGGUCAAUUGGAGGAAGAAUUUCACCCUCGAGAGAGUGGAAAAAGCCUGAGCCAUCCUUGCCAGAGUCCCUAGAUAAGAAGAGGGGUGAAGAAGAAGAAGCCGUGAGACGAGCUGCCGAGGCGUCUCAAGCGCAGACCGAGACCGUCCCUCAGCCCGAUCCACCGAGCCGAGAAGGAGACGAAACGGUCCGAGCCGCGGAGGCGAAUACUGCCGAGGCGGCUGAGAAAGAUGCAGCGCCCGAGGUGGAACCGGGCGAAAUUAUUCCUGAGGCGUCCAGGGAUGAGUCGGCGGCGCGGAGUAAGACUCCUUCGAACUCCGCCAUUCUGGCCCUCCCAAAAGCAUCGAGGCCGCCGACUUCGGUUGUGCAGAAACAUGACCCCAGCCGAAAACGUUCGGCCGCUGACAAGGAGAAAGGCGUUGCUGUUCAAAAGGACGAGCCGUCCAAGAAGAGGCGGAAGCCAACGCCCGGAGACCCCGCUGCGCGUAAAUUGGUCGUCGACAACCCCGACGCCUCUGCCGUGAUGUUCGCGCGCGUUAAUAACGUAAACACGCGUCUUCCUCCUCCGGAGAAGCUGAUGAGGCCGAGGUCGUACGGUGCGAUGGCACAGCGCGGUACCAAGUUUGUAGCGGCCAUCAACGAGCUGAUGGCUGAAUACGAGGCGGACCUGUCUAAGGUCGAACGCCACUUGGACGAGGCUCGAAACGAGACCGCGGUGACGAAGGGGAAGCUGGACGAGGCGAUGUCCAGAGUAUCGAGGCUGGAAGAGGAGAAGAUAGUUCUCCCCGCCGACGUUGACAAGGUCUCCGCCUCGGUGAUUCGCCUAGAGGAGGUUAGGAGAGCCAAAAACGCCGAGGUGGCGUUGCUCAAAAGGCGUAUCGAGGCCAAGGAUGCCCUCUUCGACGCCAAGGUCAAGCGCGCGAAAAAGGAGGCGAGGCGAAAGCUGACUGCUAAGUUUUAG